GACGUCCAUACAUUCGAAUUUAAAACGCAAACGGUCGUCAAAUGACUCUGCAUCAGUUAACGCCGUUCCAGCAAAACGUCCAGCUCCCAACUCCACACCUCCUAGCUCUAACUGUAAAAUAGUUCCUGCGGAAAAAAGGUUUCGACACCCCAUGAGGAGGCAGGAACUUACGGCAUCUCAAGCGAAAGAGGUGGAGGAGGCGAUGAGGAUCAUAAUGAAUGACACCUCCAGUGUGAACAGUGAUACAGUAGAUGCAGAACCUUUCAUCCAAAUUGAAUCAGAGGAAAUCGUUGAUGACAAUCAAUGCGUGAGUGUUCCACAUGAUCAAGUUGAAUCUAAACAAGUUGAAUCUAAACAACCCGCAACCAUACAGGUGCAUUCAGAUAACCCUCCAUCGAACAACCAUAGAAAAAGUGUAAAAUCAUACAAAUGCAGAACCUGCCGUCAAACUUUCACGAAUAGGAGAGAUCUCCACAGACAUAGACUCAAAAACCAUUUUCAGUCGGGUGGAAAGCUUCACGAGAUGCCAUGGGAAAGUCUGGAAGAAGCACCAUGGGUCCGUGAAGAUGGAACAAUAGAUACAUCCCUCCAAGAGGAGUAUGAGGAUAAUAGAGGACUCAUACUCCAAGAAAAUAGGGUAUCUGACAUAUUUUCCGUUUACAACUUCCCAGUGUCUAGCUCAUUCACUAAUAAUGAUGUUAUAAAUUUUUUUGAAUUUAUUUUAAGUGAACAAGAACAUAGUUUUAAAGUCAACAUUGCUGUCUCAAUGAUUCUGAGACACAGGGAAACAGGCAGGUACAGAUACUUUAACGCGGGGCCCAAUGUGUAUCAAUUUGAUCAACCCUUUUUAGUGCAUGACAACGACAGCAUAACUAAUUUUAAGGAAAAAAUUAUGGAAUUAACAUUAGAAUCGUUCACACAAAAACUAAAAGAAGAUACUAAAUGGGAUGCUGUGCUUGUCACGAAUAUCAGUUUUGUUGUGUAUGGUUUAAACUAUGUUAUCGGGUCUAAACCUGUUGUCCUUCCAGAUCACAUCAA